UUAUUAUUAUUUGUAUUUGCAGGCAAAGCAAACCAAAGCUGCUUCUCCUCUGCUGCUGCUCUCGUUUGGGAUUUGAUUUGCAUCAUCUCUGAGCCCAUUAAAAGAAAUAAAUAAGAGAAGAGGAAAAAAAAAAUAAAAAAAUAAAAAGGGCAAACCAAACCCACACAAAACAUGUGCGGAAGGACUUCCACUCCCUGGCUGUGCUAUUGAGGAUCAGGAAGAGCCUUUGGGGGCUGCAGGAUCUCGCUAGGCUGAUGCUGCUGCUCAAGGAUUUGGUGCAGGGAGACAAAACUGCUGCCUCUUCCAUCCGCUGAUCUCAACAUCUGCAUUUUCCUGCUGCUGUGCUCCCUCUCACACCCUCUCUCCAUGGACUGAUUUUUUGAUUUUUUUUUUUUCCCCUAUUUGCGGGGGGGGGGAGGGAAGGACGAGCGGAGAGCCAAGGCAUCGUGCUGAGAGGAGCAAAAAUUGCCUUUUUAUAUCUCGUGUUCUGGUGGAUCCCUUUCGAGGUUAUUCAGCUUUUUUGGAAAAGAAAACAUGACGUCGCCAGCAAAAUUCAAAAAGGAUAAGGAGAUCAUAGCUGAAUAUGAUACUCAAGUUAAAGAGAUCCGUGCCCAAUUGGUAGAGCAGCUGAAAUGCCUUGACCAGCAGUGUGAGCUUCGGGUCCAGUUACUGCAGGACUUGCAGGAUUUCUUCCGCAAGAAGGCAGAGAUUGAGAUGGAUUACUCCAGGAAUUUGGAGAAGUUGGCUGAAAGAUUCCUGGCUAAAACUAGGAGCACCAAAGACCAGCAAUUCAAGAAGGAUCAGAACGUGCUGUCUCCAGUCAACUGCUGGAACCUGCUGCUCAACCAGGUGAAGAGGGAGAGCAGGGACCACACCACCCUCAGUGACAUUUAUCUCAACAACAUCAUCCCACGCUUUGUCCAGGUCAGCGAGGACUCAGGACGCCUCUUCAAGAAGAGCAAGGAAGUGGGACUGCAGCUCCAGGAGGACUUGAUGAAGGUCCUGAAUGAACUCUACACGGUGAUGAAGACCUACCACAUGUACAACGCUGACAGCAUCAGUGCCCAGAGCAAGCUGAAGGAGGCAGAGAAGCAGGAGGAGAAGCAGAUUGGGAAGUCUGUGAAGCAGGAGGACAAACAGACCCCACGCUCCCCUGACUCCACCUCCAACGUCAAGUUUGAGGAGAAACACGUCCGGAGAAGCUCCGUCAAAAAAAUCGAGAAGAUGAAGGAGAAGCGCCAAGCAAAGUACACAGAGAACAGACUGAAGGCAAUCAAGGCGAGGAAUGAGUAUCUGCUGGCCCUGGAAGCCACCAAUGCCUCGGUGUUCAAGUACUACAUCCACGACCUGUCUGAUCUCAUUGAUCAGUGCUGUGACCUGGGCUACCACGCCAGCCUGAACAGAGCCCUGAGGACGUUCCUGUCAGCCGAGCUCAACCUGGAGCAGUCCAAGCACGAGGGGCUGGACGCCAUCGAGAACGCCGUGGAGAACCUGGACGCCAACAGCGACAAGCAGAGGCUGAUGGAGAUGUACAACAACGUCUUCUGCCCACCCAUGAAGUUUGAGUUCCAGCCACACAUGGGGGACAUGGAGUCCCAGCUCUGUGCCCAGCAGCCAGUCCAGAGCGAGUUGGUGCAGAGGUGUCAGCAGCUGCAGUCCCGGCUGUCGACGCUCAAGAUUGAAAAUGAAGAGGUUAAGAAGACGAUGGAGGCCACGCUGCAGACGAUCCAGGACAUUGUCACCAUAGAGGACUUUGAUGUCUCUGACUGCUUCCAGUACAGCAACUCCAUGGAGUCGGUGAAAUCCACGGUGUCGGAAACGUUCAUGAGCAAACCCAGCAUUGCCAAGAGGAGAGCAAACCAGCAGGAGACUGAGCAGUUCUACUUCACAGUAAGGGGCCCCUGUGGAUCAUCCAGCGUGGAGACAGACACAGGGUUUGACAAAACACUGAGAGCAUUUUCCCGUUCCCCCUCCUCAUUCUGGCUUUGUGUCUCCUGCACAGGUCAGCGGACAGACUGCGCCCUGGCCAGUGGCAGGCGCAGCUCCACCGUGAGGAAACAGGAUUCCUCCCAAGCCAUUCCUCUGGUGGUGGAGAGCUGCAUCCGCUUCAUCAGCAGGCACGGUCUGCAGCACGAAGGAAUAUUCAGAGUGUCUGGCUCACAGGUUGAAGUCAACGACAUCAAAAACGCAUUUGAGAGAGGGGAAGAUCCCUUGGCUGGGGACCAGAACGACCACGACAUGGAUUCCAUAGCAGGAGUCCUCAAGCUCUAUUUCCGAGGCUUGGAGCACCCCCUCUUCCCCAAGGACAUCUUCCAUGACCUGAUUGCCUGUGUCACCAUGGAUAAUUUGCAGGAGCGAGCGCUGCACGUCCGGAAGGUGCUGCUGAACCUGCCCAAGACCACCCUGAUUGUCAUGAGAUACCUCUUUGCAUUCCUCAAUCAUUUAUCCCAGUUCAGUGAGGAGAACAUGAUGGAUCCCUACAACCUGGCCAUCUGCUUUGGGCCCACGCUGAUGUCCGUGCCCGAGGGUCACGACCAGGUCUCGUGCCAGGCUCACGUCAAUGAACUGAUCAAAACCAUCAUCAUCCAACAUGAGAACAUCUUCCCAGGGCCCAGGGAGCUGGAGGGCCCGGUCUACAGCAGAGGUGGAAACACAGAGGAUUACUGUGAGAGCCCUCACGGAGAGAGAGCCCUGGCAGAGGAUUCGGUGCAGGACGUCACAGCCGAGCACCACACCAGUGACGAUGAGAGCGAGCCCAUCGAGGCCAUAGCCAAGUUUGACUACCUGGGCAGGACGGCACGGGAGCUGUCCUUCAAGAAAGGCGCGUCCCUGCUGCUGUACCAGCGCGCCUCCGACGACUGGUGGGAGGGACGGCACAACGGCAUCGAUGGCCUCAUCCCCCAUCAGUACAUCGUGGUGCAGGACACCGAGGAUGGGAUGUCGGAAAGGUCCAGUCCGAAGUCGGAAAUAGAAAUAAAUUCUGAGCCACCGGAGGAGAAGGUGACGGCCAGAGCCGGUGCCAGCUGCCCGAGCGGGGGCCACGUCGCAGAUAUUUACCUUGCAAACAUCAACAAGCAAAGAAAGAAACCAGAGUCAGGCAGCAUCAGAAGAGCGUUCCGUCAAAGUGACAGCCACGGCCUAGGUAGUUCCCUGGCAGAACCAGCCUCCCCCGGAGCCAUAGCCGGUUCCAGGCCCUCAUCUCAGCCCAUUAUGAGCCAAAGUCUUCCCAAGGAGGUUCCAGACAAAUGCUCCAUCAGUGGCCACGGCAGCCUCAAUUCCAUCAGCCGGCACUCGUCGCUGAAGAGCAGGAUGGACAGCCCGCAGAUCCGCAAGGCUGUCACGGCAGGGAGGUCCAAGAGCUUCAACAACCACCGGCCCAUGGACCCCGAGGUGAUUGCACAGGACAUUGAAGCCACCAUGAACUCGGCCCUGAACGAGCUGCGGGAGCUGGAGAGGCAGAGCAGCGUCAAGCACACGCCCGACGUCGUCCUGGACACCCUGGAGCCGCUGAAAACGUCCCCGGUGGUGGCCCCCACCUCGGAGCCCUCCAGCCCCCUGCACACCCAGCUGCUCAAGGACGCUGAGCCGCCGUUCCAGCGCAGUGCCAGCACGGCUGGGGACAUUCCCUGCACCUUCAGGCCCGUCAAGUCUGUUAAAAUGGCCACGCAGGUGAAGCCGCCGGCCACGCGGCCCAAACCCGCCGUGUUCCCCAAAAGCAGCGCCACCAGCCCCAGCGUGGGCUCCUCUGCGCCCCAGCAGCCCCCUGACAAGUCCUGUACUGUCUGAUCCACCCCCUGCUGCUCUCUGGGUACAACUCCUGCUGUUCCAGAUGAGGAGAACUCUGUCAAAGACAUUAAAAUUCCCCUUUAACGAACGCUUGGGCUGAAGGUGCGUCGUGAGCCGCUCCUGAGCGGCGACAGCCUCGUGCCACGUCCCCAGGACAGCUCCUGCCACGCUUGGGGAAUCCACAAUCCACGAUCCACUGUGAAGCUGAGCAGGAAAACACCAAGGGAUGAGCUGGAAUUUGGUUUCGAUGCCUCGUUCGAGUGUUCGGCCGCUGGAGGGAACAUUUGGUGGUGUCCUGUUUUUGGAUACUGGUGUAGUGACUUCUAUAUUCUGUGUUUCAUUUACCACAGGGAAACAAUAGGAUAGAUUUUAGUCUAUUGCAUGUUUUGGUGCCACUGGUUACGUGGAGCUUGGACAUGCCUGUUUCUUGUGCAUUAUUAUUAUUAUUAUUAUUAUAAUUAUAAUUAUUAUUAUUAUUAUUAUUCCCUCGCCCGCUGGUGCCACGGUGGUUAAGGGUCUAUCUCGACUCCCAUCACAUCCUCUGAUUUUGUUUGUUUCCUCCCCCUCAGGGCCAAAGCCUUUGGCCAUCCAGCCUCAUGCUUUAGUUGUCAUGGAAAAAACAGUUUACUCUGGAACACUCGUAGAUUUUGUGGAGUUCUACGUAAGAUGUGUCUGUGCAAAUAUAAACAAACACGUUCCUGAGGGCUGGGAGCACAAGAAAGAGCCCAGUUGUUGCUUAUGGACAAUCCUCACAAUUUCCCCCUUUGCUCUCCCAUAUUUAAAAGCAGUUUUUUCGUUUCCAGUCUCACUUUCAGCCCGUGGGAGACUGAAUGUACAAAAAACACAACAUUUUGAGAAGGAGCUGCUCUGCUGGGAGCCCACCCCCAACACUCACCCUGCUGGUUUGCCCGUUCCUCAGGACAGAUCCUGGCCCCAAGCCCAGCACCAAGCACUGUCAAAACUGUGUAAAAACUGUCAAAACUCCGCUCAGGAGUUCUCCAGCUCCCUGCCUUGUCCUGCCCUGGGCACCUCUGCUCUUAUAGAGCAGUGCAGGGAGCUCUGCUGGGGACAGACAGCACCUCUGGAGUGGCUUCCCUCCUGCUCCACGCAGGACUGACCUGUGAAUGAAUUCUUUGCUAUUAUUUGUAUUUAUCUGUAGCCAGCAGCACCCAUGGACUCGUUUGUGCUCCACCAGGAGCUCUCUUGCAUUAAUUUAAUUUAAUAAUUGAGAGGAGUGCAGGCUGGCUGACCCCCAGCUCGCCUCAUUCCUCAAAUCCUUGGCUUUUCCAGGAUUUCAGACCAGCUGCACCUCUUAGGCUUCCGUCAAAAACAGGACCAGAUAAGGAAAGUCAUUCUUCUCACCCUUCUAAGCCGAGUUUCCUUUCAGUUUCUGGGUUCCUGGUGACUGCAAAGUCACUUUAGUUGGCACUUGGAAAAAGAAGAAGCAAAGAAGAGUUGCUGAAAUGUCUUUUCCUGAUGCAUUUAGGAUGUUCCUUGGAAAAAUGGAACGGGGUCUUUGCGCAUCCCUGUCCAUCCCCACACGCACAACCCCCUCUCUACAGAAGCAAUCAAUCCCUAAUUAAUGACUUUCCAAAAAAAAAGCCAGCUUCCCCUGGGCCCUGCAUGAAGGACACGUGAGAAUUUGGGGAAGGUUUUGGGGAGAACAUUUCUCCUUUCCCCAUUUCUCCUGAGCUUUCCUGGGGAAGCCCCACGGUACGAGCGUGACUGUCCCUGCCCCUCCAGGAGAUGCCACCAGUGCCACCAGCGACCUUUGCUCUCAGGUUCUGAUGGACUUCCACCACCAAGGAAUCACUUCUUCAUUUUGGGGAAAAAAAAAGAAAGAAAUAAAAUGAUUAAACUCGUAAUUUUUUGCUCAGGCAGAACUUUCUGGCAUUUCCUUUUUUAGUAAGAAUUUUUUGGGUUUUUUUGAUUUCUUUUUUUAUUUUUUAUUUUUUUGGUCUGGAAUGACCGAAGUUAAUCUGUGUCAAGAGCAGGAUCUCUGUAAAUUGACUUUGCCUCGUUUUAAUGCCUUAUUUUCUUUUUAUAUUUUUAUGCCUAGCAUUCAAUAUUCCUAAGAAUGAAGUGUUCAGCCACGCACAGCACAUUGGAGGAGCUGCUCUUUUCCAGCUUCAAAGUCUGGAAGUGUGGAAUUAGAUGGAAACAAAAUAAAAAAAAAAAAAAAUAAAUAUAUAUAAAAAAGACUUCAGGUUACUGUAACAGCAACUGUCUGUAUCUGAAUUAUUUCUCUAGCAUCCACAGCUCUGGGACAAUCCUGCUGCCAAGGGCUUGGCAGGAUCACCUGGAUAUGGAGCAACUCAACUGGAAUUGUGGUGUGCACUGUGAUUGACACAAGCAAUAGGACAGGACGAAGCUCGUCCUUCCUCUUCCUCAGAAGAAGGCAAGGCGAUGAAAGCAGAGAAUCACACGUGAAAUAACGGGGGAAAAAGGAGAUUUUUCAGCUUGUCCUCGCUCUGUGAACGCACAAGGCUGAGAGGACUGUGCUGGGAGUGUUUCAUGAGCAGGAAAGGGGGGAAGGAGCAGCUGGGGAUGUUCCCUCCCUGCGGAUCCGGGAGAGGAGCACGCCGGGCUUUGCUUGGGGAGGUACAAAUGGCACUCCACAUCUUCACAUCCCGAGGAAAUGUUGAGCUCUUCCACACAAAUCCUCUUCUCGUGACUUCUGUUGUGUCAAGUAUAAAAGACGAAGGAAGUGUUUGAUAACUGGAAUUACGUCUGUCUGUUCCAUAGUGCUUUGUAUGAACCUUGUUCAUCAGGUGUUGGAUUGAAAUAGUCCGAAAGAGAAAAAAACAAACAACAAAACACUUUUAAAACAAAAUACGAUUUUAGGUGAUCGAUCUGAAUGGUUUCUGAAGCUCAGACCUUUUCUGGGUUAUUUCCCUAGUUGGGAAUGGAGCAGUGUGCUUUAACCAUUGCUUAAUUUCUGCCUCUCUGAGGUCAUCCAAAGUUUAUGAAUUGUAAAUUUGUCCUUCACGUCCGAGCAGUGGGACACAAUCAAACCCUCUCACUUUAUCUCUACUGGGUAUUUUAUUGCAAUGAAAAUUAGUAAAUAAUUAGAGUGCACUGUGACAGCAGAACAAACAAACAAACAAACAAAAAGUUGUUGUAUAUGUCUGUAUUUUGAUACCUGUUCAAAAGGAGUCUUUGGGUUUCCUGUGCUGAAUACCUCAUGUGUUGGGUUUUGGGAGGUUUUGUUAAUAUUGUUUUUAUUUUAUUUUUAAUUUUUUUUUAUUAUUUUUUUUUUCUUUUAUUAAGGCAAGAUCGUUCUUGCACAAAAGUAGGUUAAGAUAACCGAGUUCUCAUAAAUUUAUUUACUGAAUCAAAACACUUCAGCUUGGCAAGAAAUCCCAUCUGUGUUAAUUCCCCACCUCGCACUCGGUACGGGGCUGACCCGGCGCACUUGGAAGAGCUCCAGCAAUACUGGGACAGGAGAAAUUCCUUGCAGGUGGAGUUUGCUGCCUUAUUUCUCUUCUUCUCUGUGUCAAAAACCUCAAAUCCAGUGGAUGGUGGCGUAGGUUUGGGGAUUUACGGAGUUUUUGGGAGAUUUUCCUCCGCAAAAAUCGGCGUCUCCGCUUCUGAGCGCCGCAGAUCCUUCCCUGGGCUGGGGGCUCCGUGUGGAGGGGACACUUCCAGGAGGUGAUGCUCGCAGUGAGGAAUCAGCAAUUGAUGGGAAAACGCCCCAAAAAUCCGCACUGGGACAGUUUGAUUCCACGAGAGGCUGAGCUCAGGCCCCUGGGCACGGUGGGAGAGGAAGGAGGUGGCUCUGUGUCCCCAGGUGAGGGGCACCUGUGCUUGGCAGGACCAAGCCCGGGGUGUCCCCCAAACACUGAACUCACCUGUGAGCCAAACCGCCUCAAAAACCGCUUCAAAACCCCAGGAAAACGGGAGCAUUGGGGCGUUUCCAUCGCUUUGGGGCCUGUCCAGCACAGAAAAUCGAGCUUAACAAGCCGGGGAUUUAUUUAUUUUGAGAUUUUUAGCUUUCACAAAAGUAACCAGCCCUUUUUUUGGGCUUAUCUUGGCUAACGAAUGCAGCUGGGGGCACAAAGCUGUUCCUUAGUGCUGGCAGCACAAGAGGUGGGAAGGAGGGAACGUCCUUCCCCAGGGACGCUCUGGGGAAACACCGAGCACUUCACGGACUGAACUUUGGGCUUUGAGCUCUUCCCACAUCGUCUCUCUCUGUCUCUGUGUCUGUGUGACAACCUGGUACUUGAAAUAAGAAAUAAAAAUAGAAAUACUUGACCCUCUGCCUGGUGCCUGCGGGGCCGGGAUGGCCCCGGCUGUGUCACGCACAAGCGGUUCCGCCCACCCGAAGGCAGAUGAAUUCUUUUCCAGGCUCGGUUCUAGCAGCAAACCAUCCAUUUGGGUGGUUCUAGAGAUGCCAAAACUGCAGUUCAAGGCCUGGAAAAUGCAAGGGUUUUGUUGGUUUGGGUUGUUUGUUUUUUUUCCAAUUAAAUUUUGUGCUUCCUCUAACGAAGUUUGGGGUGAAAGUGUUUUUAACGAUGGGCCAAAAAGAGGCGAAGGUGGGGAGGGAAGGAGGAUUCCUGCUGUGCUGAUACCUGAUCUGCCAAGCUUCACACAGGGUAAACAGCGAGCAGUUUGCAGCAGGAAUCGUAGGUGGGCACUGUGGUAACCUUCCCCCUGGACUCCCCCAGCCUUUCCUCCAGGCUGAGACGUGAGGAACAACCCAAGCCCUGGGCUUGGGCUGGUGAGUGUGCCAAACUGCUGGAGCAAUACUCGUGAGCAGCAGCUCCUGCCAAAGCCCAGCUCGAUGUAGCUCAGACAGGGCGAUGGCUGAAAUCCAUCUCUGAUCUCCAAUUAUCCGUUUUCUGAUCUCCAAUUAUCCAUUUUCUGAUUUCUGAGGCAGGAAAAGCGGGUUGCAAAACGUAGGAAUUGUGGUUUUCUGCCUCAACCUGGGGUUGUCAACAGCGGUUGUGUCAUGGUGGGAUGGAAUGUUCUUGCUAAAACAAGUUUCCACUGUUUCAUGUCUUCUACACCAAUAUAUAUAUGGUGUAUAUAUUAAACUGUGUAAAAUUGUACUUUGUACAUAGAACUCUGUACAAUAUGGAGGUACAGCCUUUUUUUUUUGUUGUUGUUUGGUUGUUUUUUUCCCCCCUCCCCCCUUUUUGGUACAGUAUUGUACAGUAUUAGGAGUCGAUGUGUUGGAAGUGUUAAAUCCAUACUGGGGCAACAAAAUGUAUCCAUUGUCAUUAGCAAUAGUUUUGGAGAAAUAAAUGUUUUGGGUAUGGUGGAAACACUGA